AUCAUCUUCAUUGUUGGCUUUUCUCACUGCAGCUUUGAAGCAGAUGAACCUGCAUGUUGAAUAUCACGGAGGUCCUCUUAUAGCAGUGGAUGUGGAGAACAACAUUGACUUACACUGGAGGGCUCACGGUCUUCCUCUGCGCUGUAAGAAAACUGAAGUUUCUAAUCUGCACUACGUCAGUAAUGAGAUUGAUGAUCUGACUGGAGGACCUCACACUGUUAUUGUCUUUAAUCUGGGGCCACACUUCACGACAUAUCCUCUGGAUUUCUUCACCCACAGAGUGUUGAGAGUCCGCAAAGCUGUGCUAGAUUUGUUACAGCGGGCACCAGACACUAUCAUUAUAAUCAAGACUGUAAACACCGGCUAUAAGGAUGUGUUUGGCAGUGACUGGUACUCUUUGCAGUUGGACAGAAUCCUACGGUGGGCUUUUCAGGAUGUUGGUGUUUAUAUUUUGGAUGUUUGGCAAAUGACAGCCUGUCACUACAACAAAGAGAACAUUCAUCCAGGUCCUGUCAUCAUCAAAAAUGAGAUGGACAUAUUUCUUUCAUUCAUUUGCCCUGAAUAAUUUUGUCAGGAGGAAAAGCAACAGUCUUUCUUUAUUUCUGUUUAUUUAUUUUUAGAUUGAAUUGAAAAACAAGGUAAUACACUGUAGUUUUUUUUAGAAUAUGAGAAAUAGUGGUGGAAACUUCUGAAGGUGGCAAAUAAAUGAUGAACUGUCAAAAUCUGCACAAAGGCACUGAAAAGGCAUUUAUUUUCACUAGUUGCACACAUUUUCAUUGUACCUACAUUGCUCAUUACUGUUACUUUGCAGGUUUAAUUUAUAUAAUCCAUGUACAUUACAUAACAACCCUUACUGCACUGUAAGAAAUGCAGCAUUUUUAUCAAAUCAGCAUACAUUUUUAUGUUACUUUAACUUAACAAAUUAAGUUAAACAACUUGUUUUAAUCAGUUAAGUCAACUUUAAUUGAGUCAAAACUCAAA